CGGUUUUCUUUCUUCUUCAUCGUCGUAAAGUCGUGCACAUUAGUUUAACCCCUAAACCCCUGCUCCCGUGCUCGACACCGCCCAAUCUUCCCUGGCCCUCAAACGCUCUCCCCCAACACCUCCCCAACCCGUCCACUGCCAUCAACAAAACCCCUUCGACAGCGGGCUAUGCGCAUUAUCGUGAAUCGUGAGUGCUUCGACUUCCACCAUAGGCGCAUAUCCCCCUGCAAAAUAAGGCGCAGUGUGUGAAGGAGAAGUCAAAACCAGGUAGACAAAGGAGAGGAAAGGGGAGCGAAAAUGGCUGUGUUGGCAGGCUCCAUGCGUGCCGUGGCAGGAGGGCUCAGUUUGGGUCACGUGUCACAGGGCUCAGAAGCAGCUUCGCCUUGCUCGAGAUCUUGCCCCUUGCCACUGUCUUCUUUCACGACUUUUGAUGGGCUGUCACCAGAACGGACAUUGUCAGAUGCUUCUCCUUCCAAGUCGUGGAAGCGACGAGGGACGCAAAAUGGCUGGGAAAGUUGCAACUGUGGGGGGAUUAGUAGAAGACAGGGCAGCAGGGGUGUGGUGGCACGGAGUGUGCUGCCAUCCUUCCCUCAGAAGGUCGACCAGAAGACCAAGCAAAGGGGUAUAUCAGCUGCAGCGGGUCCAGUGGCAGCCACAGAGCCAAAGAAGAUUCUGAUGUUGGGAGGCACGCGGUUCAUUGGAGUUUUCUUGGCACGCUUACUGACACAGGCUGGCCAUGAGGUGACUCUCCUCACCAGAGGGAAAUCGCCGAUAGCCAAGCAGCUUCCUGGUGAGGCAGACGAGGAUUUUGCAGAGUAUUCAUCAAAGAUUAAGCACUUGAAGGCCGACAGAUCAGAUGUGCCGACUGUGAAGGCUCUGCUUGAGGGCUCAGGGUUUCAGGUUGUAUAUGAUAUUAACGGUCGUGAGGCAUCAGACACGGAGCAUAUUCUGGAUUCGCUGUCCGGUCUGGAGCAGUACAUCUUCUGCUCCUCGGCGGGGGUCUAUAUGAAGUCAGACUUGCUGCCACAUAGAGAGAUUGAUGCAGGAGAUCCCAAGAGCAGGCACAAGGGAAAACUUGACACCGAAACGCUCCUGCAAUCAAGGGGAGUAAACUGGACAAGCAUUCGUCCAGUGUACAUCUACGGCCCGCUGAACUACAACCCAGUGGAAGAAUGGUUCUUUCAUCGGCUCAAAGCUGGACGUCCAAUUCCCAUCCCCAGUUCUGGACUGCAGAUUACACAGCUUGGACAUGUUAAGGAUCUCGCAGAAGCAUUUGUUCUAGCUCUCGGUAACGAAAAGGCAAUUGGGCAGAUCUACAACAUUUCUGGUGACAAGUAUGUCACCUUUGAUGGGAUCGCAAGGGCCUGCGCUGAGGCAAUGGAUCUUCCGGCCCCAGAGAUAGUGCAUUACAACCCCAAGGACUUCGACUUUGGCAAGAAGAAGGCUUUCCCAUUGAGGGAUCAGCACUUCUUCACAUCAAUUGAAAAGGCAAAACAGGAUCUUGGGUGGGUCCCAAAGUUUAGUCUGGUGGAUGGACUGAGGGACUCCUAUGAGCUCGACUUCGGAAGGGGCACCUACCGCAAGGAACAUGACUUUUCAGUAGAUGACGAAAUUUUGGAAAAAGUGAGGCAGAGAACAGCUAUCCCAGCAUAACGAAGAGAGCUUGUGGCUCAAGGUCUUCAUAAAGGAGACAGUGUUCGGUGUCAGGAGCCAUGCAUGACUGCAGCCGUCCCUCUCUCCCUUCCUCGCUCUUCCUAUCCCCCCACUGACCUUUCCCCAUCUGCUCCGUCUCAGCAAUGAUUGACCCAAACUCUUUUGAUGUCUGCUUGCUGCCCCUUCCUUAUGAUGGGUUGGUGCCAUUACGCCAUCAUACAUCCAAAGACUGUCUAGGUUGUCACCCUUGUC